AGAGAGAGAAAGUGAGAAACACAGAAGAAAAACCAAAGAAAAAAAAAGAGAGGGAAAUAUAUGAUGCGAUACUCAUAGUAAUAAUUUUAACUGCGUUCUUCGAACUCUCUCUCACUUCGCCGGUACUUCAUCGGAGUUUCGUGAGCAAGCUAGGUUUGUCAGAAUGUAUAUAAAACAGGUCAUCAUCGAAGGGUUUAAGAGUUAUAAAGAACAAGUUGCAACUGAAGACUUUAGUCCCAAAGUUAACUGCGUUGUUGGUGCAAAUGGGUCUGGCAAGUCAAAUUUCUUUCAUGCAAUCCGUUUUGUAAUAAGUGACCUCUUUCAUAACCUGCGUAAUGAAGACAGGCACGCCUUUCUCCAUGAAGGAGCAGGACACCAAGUUCUAUCAGCUUUUGUUGAAAUCGUAUUUGAUAACUCUGACAAUCGCAUUCCGGUUGAUAAAGAGGAGGUGCGCCUGCGGAGAACAAUUGGUACAAAGAAAGACGAGUAUUUUUUGGAUGGGAAGCAUAUAACGAAAACUGAAGUUAUGAAUCUACUAGAAAGUGCUGGAUUCUCUCGUUCCAAUCCAUAUUAUGUUGUCCAACAAGGGAAAAUAGCAUCAUUGACUUUGAUGAAAGAUGCGGAACGACUUGAUCUACUGAAGGAAAUUGGUGGUACUCGAGUUUAUGAAGAGCGUCGUCGUGAGAGCCUGAAAAUUAUGCAAGAUACUGGAAAUAAGAGAAAUCAGAUAAUUCAAGUUGUGCAAUACUUGGAUGAGAGAUUAAGAGAGCUGGAUGAAGAGAAAGCAGAGUUGAAGAAGUAUCAGCAGCUUGAUAAACAGAGAAAGUCUCUAGAAUACACCAUUUAUGAUAAAGAACUGAAUGAUGCUAAGCGGGAGCUGGCUGAGGUGGAUGAGGAGCGAAAUGCCAUUUCUGAGGAAUUAAUCAGGAAGUAUAACUCAUCUAUAGAUGAAGAAGAAGAAGUAAAGAAAUUAGAGAAGUUAUUUAAAGAUCUCACCAGAGAAGUACAAGGUUUAACCAGAGAAAAAGAGGCAAUUGAAAAGCAGCGAACAGAAGCAAUUAAAAAGCACACUGCAGUUGAGCUUGAUGUUACAGACCUUGAGGAAAGAAUCAUUGGGAGUAGUAGAGCCAAGGAUGAAGCUGGAAAGCAGCUUGAGGUUUUACGGAGAGAAAUCCAGCAAUCUACCGCAGAGCUAAACAAAAUCAGGCCUUUGUAUGAUGAUCAAGUUAAGCAGGAGGAUGACAUCACAAAAGGAAUUAUGGACCGGGAAAAGCGCCUCAGUAUACUCUAUCAGAAACAAGGGCGUGCAACCCAGUUUCGUUCUAAAGCUGCACGCGAUGAAUGGCUUCAAAAGGAUAUUGACAAGUAUGACAAGGUUCUCUCUUCAAAUGAGAAGCAGGAAAAUCUACUCCAAGAUGAAAUUGAUAAACUUGAAAGAGAUCUGUCGGCACAAACAGAAAUUGCCAAAGGCCGCCAAGAAGAGAUAGCUUCUCUAGAAGCUAAAAUAUCAGGUUAUCGUUAUGGUUUUAAUCGUCAUAAGUCAAGGAGAGAUGAGCUUCAUGAUAAACGAAAGGCUUUGUGGGCGACAGAAAGCGAACUUACAGCUGAAAUUGAGCGUCUUAAAGCUGAAGUUGUGAAGGCAGAAAAAAGCUUAGAUCAUGCUACUCCUGGGGACAUAAGAAGGGGAAUUAGUUGCAUUCGAAGAAUCUGUCGGGAGUAUAACAUUUCUGGAGUAUACGGUUCAAUAAUCGAAUUGCUGGAAUGUGAUGAAAAUUUAUUUACUGCUGUUGAAGUGACUGCUGGAAAUAGCUUAUUCCAUGUGGUUGUUGAAAAUGAUGAUAUAUCAACCCAAGUGAUUAGACACCUUAAUGCUGAGAAAGGGGGAAGAGUUACCUUUAUACCCCUUAAUAGGGUCAAGGCUCCACAUGUCAAUUAUCCACGAAGUUCUGAUGUGAUUCCUCUUCUUAAGAAAUUAAAGUUUUCUUCUAAUUAUGAUCAGGCAUUUGGUCAGGUAUUUGCUAGAACAGUGAUUUGCCGUGAUUUGGAUGUUGCUACUCGUGUUGCUCGCACUGAUGGUUUGGACUGCAUUACUGUUGAAGGUGAUCAAGUUAGCAAAAAAGGUGGCAUGACUGGUGGGUUCUAUGAUAAAAGGCGUUCUAAGCUAAAGCUAAUGAGCAUCAUUAGACAAAAUGCCAUGCUAAUAACUGCAAAGGAAAACGAACUCCAGAAUGUCAGAUCUGAACUUCAAAUUGUAGACAAGGAAAUUAAUGGAAUUAUUAAUGAGCAGCAGAAAGAUGAUGCUGGGCUGGCAUUUGAUAGAUCAGUAUUGGAACAGCUUAAGCAAGAUGUUGCAAAUGCUAACACACACAUACUGAACAUCUCAAAAGCUCAUGAGAAGAAGAUGAAGUUGCUUGCAAAUGUACAGAAUCAAAUUGUUCAGGUCCAAGCAAAUAUUGCUAUGAAAAGAGAUGAGAUGGGAACAGAACUUGUUGAUCACUUAAGCCCAGAGGAAAGAGAUCUCCUGUCACGAUUGAAUCCUGAAAUAGCGGACCUAAAAGAAAAGCUUAUAGCCUGCAGGGCAAACCGAGUAGAGACUGAAACAAGGAAAGCAGAGCUUGAAACCAAUCUAUCAACAAAUCUUGUUAGAAGGAAACAAGAACUGGAGGCAGUGAAACAGUCUCCAGAGACUGAUGCGUUGAAUGCUGAAGUAGAAGCGAAGAGACAGGAACUGCAAGAUGCAAAACUUUUUGUUGAAGAAGUGAAAAAACAGCUCAAAAGAGUUUUAGAAAGCAUAGAAGAUCGAAAUAAGGAACUCAAGAAAAUCAACAAAAAGAAGAGCGACUUGAAGGCUCGUUUAGAGGAAUAUGAAAAGACUCGUCAAAGUGAAGAUAAACGAGCGGAACAACUUAUUAGUAAAAAAAAUAUUUUACUUGCAAAGCAAGAAGAGUACGCCAAGAAAAUCAGAGAGUUGGGUCCAUUGUCAUCAGAUGCGUUUGAAAUGCACAAGCGGAAGAGCAUAAAGGAAUUAUAUAAAAUGUUACACAAGUGUAAUGAGCAAUUAAAACAGUUUAGUCAUGUAAACAAGAAAGCACUUGAUCAGUAUGCAAACUUCACAGAUCAAAGAGAAGAACUCCAGAAUCGACAGCAAGAACUUAAUGCUGGUGAUGAGAAAAUUAAAGAACUUGUAUCAGUACUUGAUCAACGCAAGGACGAGUCUAUUGAGCGCACUUUCAAAGGUGUCGCUAAACAUUUUCGAGAUGUAUUUUCAGAACUAGUCCAAGGAGGUCAUGGAUUUUUGAUCAUGAUGAAGAAGAAGGAUGGUGAGCCUGCUGAUAAUGAUUAUGACGAGGAUGGUCCUCGAGUUGAUACAGGGGGCCGAGUUGAAAAAUAUAUUGGUGUGAAAGUGAAGGUUUCCUUUACUGGACAAGGGGAGACACAGUCCAUGAAGCAAUUGUCUGGAGGCCAGAAGACUGUGGUUGCAUUGGCCCUGAUAUUUGCCAUACAGCGUUGUGAUCCUGCUCCGUUUUACCUUUUUGAUGAGAUAGAUGCUGCGCUAGACCCUCAGUACAGAACAGCAGUUGGAAAUAUGGUUCGUCGUUUAGCAGAUAUGGCAAGUACACAGUUUAUUACAACAACAUUUCGACCUGAACUGGUUAAAGUCGCCGACAAGAUAUAUGGUGUGACGCACAAAAAUCGGGUUAGCCAUGUAAAUGUUGUUAGCAUGGAAGAAGCAUUAGAUUUCAUUGAGCAUGACCAAUCCCAUAAUGCCGAGUGAAGUGUAAAUGUAACAUUACAUGGGCUGGAGGAUCUGAUUGAUUAAAGCACCUACCUCUUAUCCCUUAGAUGGUGGUAUAUAAAAGCUAGCAUGUAUCUUGCAUUGUAAACUUAUGGCAUUCUGGUAGAUGUAGAACUAAUUCCCUAGGUCACUUAAUUGGUAUUUAUUCCAACUAUUUGUACAAAACAUAAACUUCACCUGUUACAUUUUUAGCAUUUUAAUUUAGUUGCUUUGAUGGAUCUGAA